GUGGCAAUUAAUCGUUGACUAUUUUCUACAAACCACAAAGAUAUUGGCACCCUCUAUUUAAUCUUUGGUGCAUGAGCAGGAAUGGUAGGUCUAGCUCUUAGCCUUUUAAUCCGUGCUGAGCUAAGUCAACCCGGAUCCCUUUUAGGUGACGAUCAGAUUUAUAAUGUAAUCGUAACAGCCCAUGCUUUUGUAAUAAUCUUCUUUAUGGUUAUGCCUGUAAUAAUUGGUGGAUUUGGGAACUGACUAGUGCCCCUGAUAAUUGGCGCACCUGAUAUAGCUUUCCCUCGAAUAAAUAAUAUAAGCUUUUGACUACUUCCUCCUUCAUUCUUAUUACUCCUAGCCUCUGCAGGAGUUGAAGCCGGAGCAGGAACAGGUUGAACUGUUUACCCACCUUUAGCAGGUAAUUUAGCCCAUGCAGGAGCAUCAGUUGAUUUAACUAUUUUCUCCCUACACUUAGCAGGAGUUUCAUCAAUUUUAGCCUCUAUUAAUUUUAUUACAACUAUCAUUAACAUAAAACCACCAGCAAUUUCUCAAUACCAAACGCCCCUAUUUGUGUGAUCUAUCCUCGUAACCACCAUCCUCCUACUACUUUCAUUACCAGUCCUAGCAGCAGGUAUUACAAUGUUACUUACAGACCGAAACUUAAAUACAACAUUCUUUGACCCAGCAGGAGGAGGUGAUCCUAUUUUAUAUCAACACCUAUUCUGAUUCUUCGGACACCCAGAAGUAUAUAUCUUAAUCCUUCCAGGAUUUGGUAUAAUUUCACACGUAGUCGCUUAUUAUUCAGGUAAAAAAGAACCUUUUGGUUAUAUAGGAAUAGUCUGAGCAAUAAUAGCAAUCGGCCUAUUAGGUUUUAUUGUUUGAGCCCAUCACAUAUUUACAGUAGGAAUAGAUGUUGAUACACGAGCUUACUUCACAUCUGCAACAAUAAUUAUCGCAAUUCCUACAGGUGUUAAAGUAUUUAGCUGAUUAGCAACACUUCAUGGAGGAUCAAUUAAAUGAGAAACACCUCUAUUAUGAGCCCUAGGCUUUAUCUUCCUAUUUACUGUUGGAGGAUUAACAGGAAUUGUACUAGCUAAUUCAUCAUUAGAUAUUGUACUCCACGAUACCUAUUAUGUAGUAGCCCACUUCCAUUACGUUCUUUCUAUGGGAGCAGUUUUCGCUAUCAUAGCAGGCUUCAUCCAUUGAUUCCCAUUAAUUUCAGGCUUUACCUUACACUCUACUUGAACAAAAAUCCAAUUUAUUUUAAUAUUCAUCGGAGUAAACUUAACUUUCUUUCCACAACACUUCCUUGGACUCGCUGGAAUACCACGACGAUAUUCAGACUACCCUGAUGCCUAUACUCUAUGAAAUGCAAUUUCUUCAAUUGGCUCAUUAGUAUCGUUAGUAGCAGUAAUUUUAUUGUUAUUUAUUAUCUGAGAAGCCUUCGCUUCCAAACGAGAAGUACUGUCCAUUGAACUCCCACAUACAAACGUAGAAUGACUUCACGGAUGUCCUCCCCCCUAUCACACUUAUGAAGAACCCGCUUUCGUUCAAGUUCAACGAACCUCAUUUUAA